AUGAGAAUUAUAAUUAAUAUUCCUUAUGAUGAUUCUUUAUGUAUUGAGUCAUCCAACGUGAGAACUAUAAAGAAUGUUAAAGAACAAAUUUCAGAAUUAAAAGGUAUCCCUUCUGAGAUUCAAAAAUUAUAUAAAAACGGACGUCAAAUAGGAGAUGAAGAGUUAAUUGAAAUAGAUGAAUCUGAAUUUGCAUACGCUUUAGAUUUAAAUUUCGGUUUACUUGGUGGUGGAAAAAAGAAAAAGAAAAAGGUUUAUAAGAAACCAAAAAAAGAAAAACAUAAAAAGAAAAAAGUAAAAUUGGCAGUUUUGAAGUUUUAUAAGGUAGGGGAUGAUGGUAAAGUGUUUAGAUUAAAAAGACAAUGUGAUAAUUGUUCACCUGGAACAUUAAUGGCUUCUCAUUUUAAUAGAGAUUACUGUGGUAGAUGCAAUCUUACAAUUAUGAAAAAAUAA